AUGGCGACCAUCAUGGUGUUGCUUGGGGAUCUCCAGAGACGUAUGUUUGAGCAGCACAUCCCGAAACCGAACGAAGAAGUAGUGGAGGAAGUCUUCACCCUACAGAAAUCUCUCUACGAAAUGAAAAAUAAAUUAAGCGCUUCAUUAGCUAGAUGUCGCAUAUCACGUGGUAUAUCAUCUUUCAACCAUCUGCUCCCUCCCGAAGUGAGACAGAAUGAUGACCUAGCCUCCAAAAUGCUGAUAUGCUGCUGGGUCAACCAGAACAAGAUCAGCCUUCAGAAGUUAUUCGACACCCUGGCCGAACUGAAUUUCAGAGAGGUCAAGGAGCUGACGGAACUGACAUCAGAGGGUACGUACCUAAGAGAUCGCCAUUGCUAUGACGUCAUCUAUUUUUCUAGCGCUAUGUGGAAUUCUUUCGAGGAGUUCGGUCCCGUCAAGAAACAUCAACUUAUCAUGCAGGACAAAUCCAGUUCAGUGGCCGUACACUCGACCUUGAACCUUCUCGACCCGACCAUCGAUGACGUCAUGCAGAUUGGGGUCAAAUCAGGACUGGUGGCGAUUCACUUGGCCAGUCUGACGAAACCAAGCAGCACUAAGAUCUACGCAGUUGGCUCCAUCAGCAGCAAGCAAGCCAAACAAAUCAACAACCUCAUCACCAAAUUAGGAGCUAGGAAUCGCGUAGAGCUGAUUACGUCAUCACUAACCAGAGGUAGUGUAGUUGACGAGAGGCUGAAAGAGUUGAAAGUGGCGAUUGUUUGCGCGGAAUGCAGCAGGUCUGGGGUUAUUAAUCCAGCCUCUUUUCUCGUCUGCGAAAAAGAAGGUGACUUGGUUGAAGUGAUUUUAUUGGCUGAUAUCAGAUUGCUGAAGGACAUGACACUGUUGAGCAGAUCAAACGAACAACUCAGUCAGCUGUACAUACAACAAGUCACCUACCUCAAAUACGUUAUGCUACUACCCCAGAUACAAAGUCUUGUUUACUUGACGAGAAGCGUUUUUGAAGAUGAGAACGAAAGGGCGGUUAGUCCUCCAAGUUUGUCCGGUCUGGACGAGCGUGAAAUCGAAUCCGGGUCCCCAAUGUGUGGCAAGUUUCUCAAGUUCAAGCCCUCACUAUUUAAUAGUGGAUUCUUUGUUGCUGUGCUAUCCAGAGAGGCAGCCGAUUUCAAACUAGCCGCCAAAGAGAUAUUAGCUAGAGCUGAAGCUAGAGGAAUCAUGGCCGGCGUAGCUACAAACCUAGCUAACAUCAACCCGUUCGCUCUAGCUGACUACGACAACGAUUUGGAUGGCGGUCGAACGCGAAGUCGUACCGGCGACAAAAGCGCCAGGGAGAGGCGUUUGUCUGUGUGUAGUACUAAGAGUACAAAAAGCGGUAAGUCGAUAAGGUUUGCAGAGAUAGUGAAUCAAAGUGAGGGUAGUAAUUUGAAUAGGAAGAUAGUGAAGAGGACAAAGUCAGAUGUCAGAGAUAAGAAGAAAUACAACAUCUUAUCAACAAACUACAACAAUGACAACAUCUCGACAACUCCCGAAUACUUGAACAGCCAACUGAGCGAGUACCGAAGCACCGAACUCGAUUCGGAUCUCUUCGAAUACUACGAUUACGCUGGCGCCUACGACCAGGAUGACGUCACUAAUAAUAACAACAAUAAAAAUAACAAAAAUAAAAAUAAAUAUAAAUACGCGAACGAUCACGUGACGAAAAUGACGUCACUGAAGGAGAGAGAGAUGGUGAGAAAGAAGGGGGAGGAGGACGAGAGGAGGAAAUUUUGUACCGCCUCUAAUUUCAGGUGUGGCGUUAAGGGGAACAAGGCAGCCCAACUGAGAUCGCUAAAGUAUUCAGAAUCUUUGGAUACUCCACCGGCUAGAGAUUGGAAGUUGAAAAAAUUUACGGGAAAUGCCCGGGCCAAGAUAUCUACUAAAGGACUCAACAGAAAAACUCAUACGUCACAACAACACAACAACAACAACAACAACAGUGACGAAAGCAACGAUAACAAGAACAAUAAUGAUAAAGAUGAUAAUCUUGAUGAAUGGACGAACGGAAAAUGUUACUAUGUUGAUGACAGAUGCAGUGUUCUAGAGGAACUCCAAGAAGCUUGUUCGCUCAAUGAACACGUGUGA